CGCGACAGAUGGCGGCACUUGAUCAGACGACGAUCGCUCGAGUCAGUGCGCGUUGAUUCAGUGCUUUAUUCGUUUGGCGACAAUGGCGGUGGAUCUCGUUCAGUUUCAACAGCUUUUGAAUACACUCCUCAGCACAGAUAAUGAUGUUCGAACUCAAGCGGAGGAUGCAUAUAAUAAUCUUCCAAUGGAAAGUAAGGUGACAUACCUUUUAAGUACUAUUUGCAAUGGCUCACUUGCAGAAGAAGUACGGACAAUGGCAGCAGUACUACUGCGUCGCCUAUUUUCUUCAGAAUUUAUGGAUUUUUAUCCUAAGAUUCCACCAGAAGCUCAAGUUCAGUUAAAGGAACAACUUUUAUUGUCAGUCCAAAAUGAACAGUCAGAAACUAUAAGACGCAAAAUUUGUGAAGUUGUGGCUGAAGUUGCUAGGAAUCUAAUAGAUGAAGAGGGCAACAAUCAAUGGCCAGAAUUUCUGCAGUUCCUAUUUCAGUGUGCGAAUAGUCCAGUACCAGCAUUGAAAGAAAGUUCGCUUCGUAUGUUCACAUCCGUCCCAGGUGUAUUCGGAAAUCAACAAGCAAAUUAUCUCGAUCUAAUAAAACAAAUGUUACAACAAUCCGUUCUAGAUAUGGCAAAUUAUGAGGUCAGAUUUCAAGCAGUAAGAGCUAUUGGAGCAUUCAUAGCAUUACACGACAAAGAAGAAAAUAUACACAAACAUUUUGUUGAGCUACUUCCAGCGCUUGUACAAGUAACUGCGUUGUCUAUAGAAAAGCAGGACGAUGAUGCUCUUUUAAAAGUAUUAAUAGAUCUCGCUGAAACUACACCAAAAUUCCUCAGGGGACAAUUAGAUAAUAUAAUGCAAAUGUGCAUGACUGUAUUUUCUGAUGAAGAUAUGUCUGAUUCCUGGAGGCAAUUAGCGCUUGAAGUUUUGGUAACUUUGGCAGAAACCGCACCAGCGAUGGUACGAAAAAUUGGUGGAAAAUAUAUCUCAUCGUUAGUGCCAUUGGUACUGAAGAUGAUGACUGAUCUAGAAGAAGACGAAAAAUGGAGUUUUUCUGAUGAAAUUAUUGAAGAAGAUAACGAUAGUAAUAAUGUAGUUGCUGAAAGUGCUUUAGAUAGAUUAGCAUGUGGUUUGGGAGGUAAAACUAUGCUCCCACAAAUUGUGCAAAAUAUACCUUCUAUGUUAAAUAACAGUGAUUGGAAAUACAGACAUGCAGCACUCAUGGCUAUAUCAGCUGUUGGUGAAGGGUGCCAUAAACAAAUGCAAGAUCUUUUACCACAAAUAAUGGAUGGUGUUAUACAGUAUCUUCAAGAUCCACAUCCUCGUGUAAGAUACGCCGCUUGCAAUGCUGUAGGACAAAUGUCAACGGAUUUUUCGCCUAUAUUUGAGAAGAAAUUUCAUGAUAAAGUUAUUCCUGGAUUAUUAAUGGUGUUGGAUGAUAACGAAAAUCCUAGAGUUCAAGCGCAUGCCGGUGCUGCUCUUGUCAAUUUCAGUGAAGAAUGUCCGAAACAUAUUCUGACGCCAUAUCUCGAUGCCAUAAUGGGCAAACUUGAAUCUAUAUUAACUGCUAAGUUUCAAGAAUUGGUAGAAAAAGGAACUAAGCUCGUAAUUGAACAAGUUGUCACAACAAUCGCUUCAGUUGCUGAUACUUGUGAAGAACAAUUCGUAACUUACUAUGAUAGAUUAAUGCCUUGUUUAAAGUACAUUAUUAAAAAUGCGAAUCAACAAGAACACAAAAUGUUACGAGGCAAAACCAUCGAAUGUGUCAGUCUUAUAGGUCUAGCUGUUGGUCCAGAAAAAUUUAUUGCCGAUGCUAGCGAUGUUAUGGAUAUGUUACUGAAAACUCAUUCAGAAGGUGAUCUUCCGGAUGAUGAUCCGCAAACCAGUUAUCUUAUAUCUGCUUGGGCAAGAAUUUGUAAGAUUCUUGGAAAACAAUUUGAGCAGUAUCUACCGUUGGUGAUGGGACCUGUAUUACGAACAGCUGCUAUGAAGCCGGAAGUUGCAUUACUGGAUAAUGACGACAUGGAAGGCAUUGAAGGUGAUCUUGAUUGGCAGUUUGUUUCACUAGGAGAACAACAAAAUUUCGGAAUUAAAACAGCAGGUUUAGAAGAUAAAGCUUCUGCGUGCGAAAUGUUGGUUUGUUAUGCGCGAGAAUUGAAAGAAGGCUUUGCGGAUUACGCCGAAGAAGUAGUUCGAUUAAUGGUUCCGAUGUUAAAGUUUUAUUUCCACGAUGGUGUUAGAAUUGCUGCCGCGGCAAGCUUACCGUAUCUUUUGGACUGCGCUAAAAUAAAAGGUUCGCAGUAUUUAGAAGGUAUGUGGGCUUAUAUCUGCCCAGAUUUAUUGAAAGCUAUUGAUACAGAGCCAGAGUGUGAAGUACUGGUAGAACUUUUGGCCUCGUUAGCAAAAUGUAUCGAAACACUGGGUGCUGGUUGUUUGAGUGUACCGCAUAUGACUGAACUCUUACGACUUUUGGAUAAAUUACUUAAUGAUCACUUUGAGAGAGCCGUUGCUAGACUGGAAAAACGAAAGGACGAAGACUAUGACGAGGUCGUUGAAGAACAACUUGCUGACGAAGACAACGAGGAUGUAUUUACCCUCAGCAAAAUUGCUGAUAUUUUACACGCAUUGUUUGCGACUUACAAGACUUCGUUUUUUCCUUAUUUCGAUCAGAUUUGCGGACAUUUUGUAAAAUUACUCAGUCCCGAAAGACCCUGGGCGGAUCAUCAAUGGGCUUUGUGUGUUUUUGAUGACAUAAUAGAAUUUGGAGGACCUGACUGUGCGAAAUAUCAGGAACUUUUCCUACGACCGAUGAUUCAAUACGUUACUGAUAAAUCUCCCGAAGUUAGACAAGCGGCAGCUUAUGGCUGUGGAGUUUUAGGCCAGUUUGGUGGAGAGGGUUUUGCACAAGCAUGUGCGGAAGCCAUACCGAAACUAAUAGAAGUUAUUAAUGAUCCUGAAUCUAGAUCGGCAGGGAACAUAAAUUCCACUGAAAAUGCUAUCUCAGCAGUAACAAAAAUUCUUAAGUAUAAUAAUAAAGCAAUCAAUGUUGAUGAAAUUCUUCCACAUUGGUUAACUUGGCUACCAGUUACCGAAGAUGAAGAUGAAGCCCCUCAUGUUUACGGAUAUCUGUGUGAUUUGAUUGAAGCAAACCACGCAGUGAUAUUAGGAAGAAAUAAUGCGCAUUUGCCCCGACUCAUAAGCUUUUUCGCCGAAGCGCUACUUAGAAAAGCUGUGCCUACUGACAAUCCUGUCAUGUCUAGAAUGAUUAGUAUCGUUAGAGAAAUACAGAAUAAUGAGACUAUGUUUCAAGCAACUAUAAUGCAAUUGACAGCGGAGCAGCAACAUGCACUACACGAGGCACUGAGCGCGUUAAGUUGAACUUCUGUACGUGCUCUAUCGUAAUAUAAAUUUAAAAAAGAAUAUAAUAAAUACCAUCGCGUUAAUCAAUCUUCUGAGGAAAUCACAGAAAUUCUAGGUAGUUAGAUUAUACCUAUCAAACGUAAGCAAGUAUAUAUUUUAAGUGUUUCAUAUAUUAUUUCCUACGUAUUUGUUGAGUAUAUAUACUUUCUUAUCAGAUUCUCACAGUUUUUUGUUAUCAGGGAAUGUUGAAAAUUUGUUUAUUACCUAAUUUACAAUGCUGCGAUAAAUGAGAUUAAAGCCAGCGGCACACAGUGCGUUUCUGUAGAUUGCUAAGAUUUGCUCGCUUGCUACCGUGUAGUGCACAACAGUGCAGAAAGUGUUGCAAGUGUUGGUUGUGUUGCUAGCUUGGCCUCACAAAGUAUGGAUUUUCAUGUUGGUUGAACAGUUGUGACUCGACUCGAUUCUUGAACAGCUUCUGAUUAAUCACGGAAAUCCAGCAGCGUAGCCAGUAGAACACAAGUUUUAGCAAGAUAACCAGUAUGCAAGCGAUCUAAUAGAUAAAAAUGCACUGUGUCGCUGACUUAACUCAAAAGACAUUUUAUAAAAUUGAAUGAACUCAGUAUGACACAAAUUUCUUGGGGAAAUUAGUAUAUAAAACAAAUUCUUAAACUAUUUUAAACUUAAUAUUUAUUUAGACAUAAUGUUUAUACAUUUUUUGCACGAUCAAUCAAUUAAAAAAUUCACAAAUAUUAUGUUUAAUUAAAAAAUAUUUUCCGCCAUUGAAAGCCGAACGAUGUUAAAUUACUCGAAACAGCGAACUGUAAGGUUCACAAAUGCAAAAUACAACUUUUUUAUAUAAACAUAAUCAAUUAUGAUUUUAUCAUUAUAGAAUAGGUUUUUCCUACAUUGUAUCUAUAUUCUCAAGAUAUUUUUUUUGUUUUGUCAAAAUAAAGUCAACAUAAAAUAGACUAGAAUUUCGUAGCCAAGAAGCGAAAUUCUAUCCAGUGUAGCCAUGAAGCGAAAAUCAUUGUGAUUUAUAAUAGAUAUUUUUAUUAUUAAACUUAGAUAUCCCGUAGAUGUUAUUUAAUUAUAAUAUCGCAAUAAUGUAAUAUUGAGGUAUACGAAUGCCUUUUGAAUGAAACGUAAUGAAGCUUUAAAAUACCUUUGGAGGUGAUAUUCAUAGUUGUUUAUUGAAAAAAAUAAGACCGUCUAAUUUGUGUAUGUUCAUAUGCAUAUAAAGCAUACAAACAUAAAUAAGACGAUCUUAAAUUAAGAUCCGAUUGUGAAUAUCGUCUUAGUUUAAUGAUCAUUAUAAAGCUGUAACAUAAGAUCUAAUAAAUGUUUUGCAUAGGAAAGCAAAAACAUGUGUGAAUUAAAUAGUGAUUACAAUUUUUCUUGUAAUUUUACAGUUACUUUAUAUACAUUGAGUUUUAUUUUUUUAGCUGUAACUUUUUCAAACA